CUUUGAUCGCUUGUGAGGCGCCGUGGCGGCGAUACCUGUGCUUUCGAACGCGGCGGCGUCGUCAUCUCGACGCCAUCGAGCAGCCGCGGUGCCUGGACCAUCGCAGGGCAGCCCCGGCGCACUGCACAAAAAGUAUUGCAACCAGCUGUGCCACGCUCAAAGGCAGCAAGCGAUGGCCGCGCCCGUCCGGCGCAUGACGAGCGUCUUCCUCCACGCGUCCUGGGACGAGGACGAGGAGUACGCCUGCUGCCCCGUCAUUAAAGAUUGUGGUGCCGCAACUUUACGACAUUUACUCAAAGAAUACAUUGGUGAAAGAAACGUGAAUAAACUACGAACAACAGCACAACUCCGCGCCGCCGCAAAAAAAUGCAAGUUGCACGAACGCAAGCUGAAAGGCGCGGAUGCGUUGAGGCAUCGCGCCGGCAUUGUGGUAAGCAUGCUCAGUCGGCUUGAGAGAAGAGCCCCGGACGCGAGGGCAGCGCUCACAAAUGCAACAUUGGAAAGGCGGGGCCAGUGGGUCGUCGUCACGAAGGCCGACCACGAAAAAAAAGAAGAACAUAAAAGUGUCAACGCCGCCGAGAAAUUAGAGCAUCAACUCGAGGAGAAGGUCAAGAAGGCCGUGCAGACGCGGGCUGAGAAGCGGAAAGCGUUCUUGGUGGCGAACCAGAAGGCCGCUUCUGCUGGGAGUGCUAUUUCUGCAGUUGAUGGACAUGAUACGUUGCUGGCUACUUUUGAAGCGACGGAAAAAGCGGUAGACGUCGCCUUUCGGAAAAGAAAACCGAUUACCUUUCGCAUGGCGCCUUUCUACUCAGGCUGGGUCGAGGCCCAAGGUUUGUUGAUCGACGGGGUCCGAUAUUGCGUCUUGGCUUACGGUUCUUUGGCCUUGUUCGAUCGGGAAGCGGCGCCUCGCAAGAAAUUAGCAUCCCUAAAAUUGCAUGGGGCCGUAGUGGAGCCUAAACCAUCAGAUCUGGAGAGAAAUGCGCGCGUCGAAGUCAGAAGAGGCAACCGGCGCAUUACAUUGAGGCCGCCGCCCCACGGCUCCAAGUACCACAAGAAAGCCGCGGCGUUGGUGGACAUGGCGGCCAUAUUGAUCGUGGCCAUCGGCCACGCCAACGGCAGCCCGGACAUCAAAGAGCUAGAGGUGUUCCGGCGCAAGGGCGCGGCCGACGACACGGCGGCCAUGCAGCCCACGCUCAAAUCAAAUGUAUCAACGCCGACGACGCCCAUGGUCCGCAUCCGCGCGCCGUCGCCCUCCAUAGAGUCGGCGCACUCCGCGCCGGCGACGCCUGCGACGCCCGCCGCGGCCGACGUCGUCGACGAGAUUUUUAGGGACCGCGGGAUCGAGCAUCACGAGAUCGGGCGCGACGCGGCGCCGCCGCCGGCCCCGGCCCCGGCCCCGGCGCCCGCGCCCGCGCCCGCGGCCAAGCCGCCGCCGGCGGCCCCGGCGCCGGCACCCGCGCCCGCGGCGAAGAAGCGCAAUAGCUGGUUUGGGAGCAAGGCGAAGCCCAAGCCCGCGCCGGCGCCGGCGCCCGCCCCAGCGAAGAGCUCGUUCUGGGAGGCUCGUAAACGAACGCCGGCGCCCGCGCCCGCCCCGGCCGCGGCGCCCGACGCCGCCGCCUUCCUGGCCGGCGCGCUCGACAAGGCGCCGUCACCCGUGGCGCGCGAACCCAUCGGUAAGACGGCCGCCGCGGACGACGUCGAGGUGCGGCUGAAGGCCCUGCAGAAGCUCGAGGCGUCGAUCGACGUGAUCACGACGACGGCGAUGGGCGCCAAGGUCGACAAGGCUUUACAGGCUUUUGGGGGAGGGUCCCCGGAUCCCAGAGUCCAGGCGACGGUCGCGCGGAUCCGUACAAAGGCCGCCGCGAAGGAUGUUAGCGCCGGCACGAAGGCAUUGAGACGAUUGAGACGGCGGCACAAGCUCAAACAGGGCUGGGCGCGGCUCCGCCCGCCGCGCUGGGACUCGACGGACGAGGAUGAUGUGUUUGCGCUGCAGGCGCCCGCGACGACGCCCGUGGCCAUGAAAGUGAAGGCGUCGCCGGAUCCGACGCCGGAAACGCCGCCCUUCGUCGCGCCGUUUCCGGGGCAGACGCCCUCGCCCAACCGCAAGAUCGUCCGGCGGCUCGUGCGACGCGUGGUCUCGGCGUCGAAGGACGGCGUCGAGGUCGUGAUCGUCGACGGCAAGCGCAUGCGGCGCGUGGUCCGGCGCGUCGGCGACGCCCCGAGUAGUGGUGGGAAGCGCGUCCGGCGCGUGCGCGUCAUUAAAAGGAGGCGGUCGUUCGAGGCGGUGCACUAA